CAUCAACCAAAACAAAACCUCACCAACCGGCGUUUAUUUUAUUUAUUUUGCAAUAAUUUCCCCGAUUUUGCCCGCUUAAAGAGCUUUUCGCACGAAAAGUCAACUAACCCAACAGGCUUCCUGCAUCGCCACAUCCUUGAAAUGAGCUAGCACGCAGUGGUCAGCGAUUCCGGAGUAAACAAGGAAAACCACCCAAUCAUGGAGGACUUUGCCAGCAUAAAGCCAAACAGUUCCGUGGUCAAGCUGGCCGCCUGCCUGGAGAAGAUCUACACAAAAAUCGUGGAGAGUCGGGACAAGCAAGUGCCGGAGCACCAGAUCAAGGAAAUCGAGUUCCUCAAGUCGCAAUGCAAGCACGAACACAUGCAAUUGAGCCUGAUGAGCUGUCAGACCCUGGUGCGGCUGGUGGACGAGGGUGCCUUGGAGGCCAAUGGAGUUCAGAACAGCCUGCUCUCCAUGCUGGCCAGUGCGGGACCUCUUCACUUUUCCAUAAUCACGGAAAGCGUUCUGGGCUUGCAGCUGCUUAACUUGAAGCGCAAGACGUCGCUGCUUAAGGAUCAGGAGUCCUACCAGUGCUCCUAUGGCCUGAAGACGCAGCAACAUCCUCUGAUCUCGCUCCUCCAGCACUCGAGUGUCAACAUGCACGAUGUGAGCAACAAGAUCAUUGGCAUCUGUCAGCACCACGACAAGGGCAUUCGGGACUAUAGCAUUGAAUACCUACGACCCGUUUUCCUUUACAUACUUUGCAAUCCGCAAACCAUGCACGAUGUGAAGCCCAUUUGGACAUGUCUGCUGAAUCUGAGUGGCAGUCAGCCGGAAGCAAGGGCUUUAAUGCAGGAGUUGCUGGCUUGGAGCAAGUUCAACAACGCAAGCACGUGCUUGUGCACCAGCAUCCUGGUCAUUGAGGCCAUCGACCACUUCCUGCAGCGCGAGGACCACGCUCAGUCUAUUGAUUUUGCCAUCUAUCAGGCUUGCCUGAUCAAGCAGCUGGCCAACUACGGCAUCGAUCCGCGUCCCAGCCUGCAGUGCUUGCUGCGAGUACUCCAUGCAACACGGGAACACACUAAGGAUCACUACCAUGUCCUGCUGGUGCUCCUAUCGGAGGUGCUGCAUGUUCUAUCGCCUUUCUAUCUGGCGGAUCUGCUGCGCAUCAUCGUUUUCGUGGUGGUGCAGGAGCGCUGUGGCCAUGAAUACAUUCUGAACAUGUGUCUGGACGGCAUAAUCCAGUGGAUGUCUCAGACUGCAUUCAUACCCGCAGAGGGCUUGGCUUUGGCCCACCAAAUAGUGGACAGGAUACUGGAUACACCGCGAUCGGAGCAGGAUGGAGAGAGAAUUGCCACCAAGCUGUUGAGGCCCGCUCACAUGCGGAAUUAUCAUCCGGACAUUGCGAUCGCCUUUGAUCUUGCUACUCUGGUGGAAUCCUUUGACGCCUCCGACAACCAGGAUGUGUUUGCCUUUGUGGAUGCCUUGAAUGUCAAGGCCAAUACGGCCUUCUGUCAGCGGCUGCACCUGUUCCUUAGGGCUCUCUUCUUGUCGAGAGAGCCACCCGUGGAUUGCUGGUUUAAGAUCUAUGAGGUUAUCCUGCAGAUCAUUAAGGUGAACGAGGGCAUUGCCUAUGAUUUUCUGAUGACGUAUAUAUUUAAACUGGCCCACGAAAACAAUCCGGAGUUGCAGCUUGAACUGCUCAGAGGAUUACCAAGCUUUGCAGUGUCCAAGGACAAUGUACCCAUGAUACUCAACACCAUAAGGAACUUGUCUGCUGAGAACGGGACCUUCUGCGUUGAUCUGUAUCUGCGUUUGUGGCGCGUGGAGACGCGUACUUAUCCCUUCUUGUUGAAGCAGAUAGCUCAGCCUCUGCCGGAUGGUGAGAAGCGCUGGGAACUGCAAAUAGCACGCACACAUGCCAUGAGGGAAAUCUGCCAGGAGAAACCCUCUUUACAUGGCUCGGAGCUGCUGCCGCACCUGAGCAACACCCUCAACAACUGCUCCGACGAGGCAGGCGAUCUGGCCACAGCUCUGGCUCUGGAUGCUAUUUAUGCUAUGUGUGAUAGCCACACCGUAAACAUUGCCUCCACCUGGCAGGCUCUGGGCAGUAAAUUCCGGAGUGAACAGCGCCCACAAACCCUCAAGUCUCUAUAUAGAUUUUUUGGCCUAGUUCCGCUCCUGCAGACGCCCACAUUGGAGUACGAGAAGCUGGCGGACGAUGCCCUGGAGCAGCUGUGGCAGGCCAUCAGUCGACCGGGCACAGAUGCCGCACAAGUCCGGAAUUCUCUGGCUGCCUUGAAGAACUAUGAACCGGGAACUACACUCAAUCUUCGCCACAUACCGGCACAGUUUCGAUUUGAGAUCGUGGGAGGAGGUGUCGGAGUCGGUGUCCCCGGUGGUCGAGAAGUUCUCGAUCUGCAGCAGGAGACGGUGCCGGGUGAGGUGUGGGUGCAGCUACUGCAGAAGAUACGACCCGAGUGUGGAGAUGCUGCGGCCGAUCUUAUUUCCCAUCACAUUGGCAGUGAGAUUGAUGGCUUUCGGAGCGGAGUGUAUCGCCUUCCCGAGGGAAAACCAGAGCCACGAAAGCUGGUGGGAUUAUUUGCUACCAGUCCACUUCGAGCUGUUACCAAUUAUGUGGUGAGCCAGGCUCGCUUCGGGGACUACGUACCCGAGCCCUAUGCCGUGACCUUUGCGCUGCGUUCGCUAUCUAAGAAGUUCUCGAAACCCAUUCCACCACUCGACUGGAGCUGCCUGACGAGCUUCUUCCACCUGUCCUUUGAUGCACGGAAAUACUGCAUCAUGAUAGCCAAGAAUCAAGCGCUGAACUCUGGAACGGCCAAGCGACUCCUGGAGAACUUCCUCGUGGACUUUGAGCCCAACUGCUUUGAGGAGGAUCUCCUGCUGCUCUUCUCGCUGCUGCCGGAGAUUGCCAACAGCGUAAGCCUGCAGAUCCUGAAGAACUUUGCCGAGAAAGUGGCCGUCUAUUGCUUCAAAGAGUCCCAGCUCAAUGACUUUGCCGAAGGCUGCCUCUUUGAAAAGUUCCUGGAGAGCGUUAAGUACAUUUUCACUGGAAAGUGCGACAUACCCGAGGUGCUGGAUGUCUUCACGCUGAUAGUGGAGCGAUACAUGGACUCUAUGAAUCUGGAUUCGAGGCUCUUUGAACGCUACACCGAGGUGGUGGCUACAUUGCAUCCCAAUGCCAUCGACGGGCUCACUACGCCUGCUAACUGGUGGGAGACACCAGCUGGCAAGCUCAAGAAGGCCACCAUCAUCCGCUGCUAUCUGGUGCUGUACAACGACAAGCUGCCGAAUCCCCUGAAGUGGCUAACUCCCAUCAUAGAUGCCUACGAGAAGCGGGAGGAGGAGCGAACGUUCUUCUAUCGUCACUUAGCCGCCACACUGUAUGCCUUUGGCAGUGACGAGCACGCUUGCAACUGGAUAUCGGAGAUGUUCCUGGAGAUCCAGAUGCUGCUGGCCGAGGCCUCCAACAAGGAGAAGGUCAACCGAGCACUUUACCUGCUGGACAUCUUCAUGCUGGCGGUGGAUGUGCUCUCCGGCUGUGCGGUGCUGCUGGGAAGUGUGGAUGUGGUGGCUACCGACGCCAAGCAGCGACUGUCGCUGUUUCCGGAGAGCAUGCAGUACCUGUGCGAUCACAUUUUCUGGAAGGAUCAGGAGGCGAAGAUUUACGAAUUCCUCUUCAAUCUGUACAAGCACACUUCUAUGCCCUCGUCCUAUGCCGAUGUGUUCAGGGAGGCCAUUAUAUGCUCCCGGAAUAAGCCAUAUUUUGACAACAAGGGCGUCUGGACCAAAUACGUAGGCCUGCGUAAAUGAGAACCAGGACGAACACACUCACCGCCUUUAACCCCUAUGCCCACGCCUGAAGUGCACUUAAAGGGUUAAGAACCCAAGCCCACACAAUACCGUCAAUGUUAGUCAAUUUUUGAUAGCAAAACGCAAUCUUUGUUAUUUAUAUGUGUUUCAGAUU